ACGUCAUCUGUCCGGACGAGAGCGAGAGAGCGAAAGUCUUAACGCUUUGUGGAAUUUUGUUUUUCUCGAAAUUCCUCACAUUCAGCUUGGAUUUUUCUUCGAGUCCCAGACAUGGAUCACAUAUGUAGGAUCGCUGACGCGGAACGUAUGGAUUGUACACAUUACUGAAACAGCAUGUGAGCUUUAACAAAUUGUAAUCAUCAGAUCAGGGAGGACAUGGACGAAAAUGAAGAUGUGACAGAGCGCGAGUGCACUGGCUGUGGUGGAAGCAUUCAGGAUGCGUUUCAUGUGAAGGUUCUCCAAGACGCCUGGCACAACUCAUGUUUCCAGUGUUCUGUGUGCUUUGAUCUCCUGACAAACUGGUACUUUGAGAAAGAAGGGAGACUGUACUGUCAUAAGCACUACUGCGAGAAGUUCGGGGAGUUGUGCCAUGGCUGCUCGCUGCUUAUGACCGGACCUGCUAUGGUGGCCGGAGAUUAUAAAUAUCACCCCGAGUGCUUUGUGUGUUUGAGCUGCAGGGUGGUGAUUGAGGAUCGGGACACUUAUGCCUUAGUAGAACGCACCAAACUUUACUGUGGUAAAUGCUACAAGCAGGUGGUUCUUACACCCAUGUUGGAGAAACGCGGUUUGGCCGACUCUCCGACGGACCUCCUCCCUCACACAGUGACCCUGGUGUCGAUGCCGUCCGCCACCAAUGGAAAACGCGGCUUCUCGGUCAGAGUCACUCGAGACUGCACCAGUGCCACGGUCAGCGUCCAGGUUAAAGAGGUUAGAGGGAUGCAUAUUAGUCCAGAGGUUCGGAACGCCAUCCACGUCGGAGAUCGGAUCCUGGAGAUCAACGGGCUACCGGUGUCAGCGCUGAUGGAGGAGGAGGUGGAGGACCUCAUCCAUCGGACCACUCAGACGCUGCAGCUGUUGAUCGAAUAUGAUCCAGUCAGACAGCGGCUGGACCGACUCCGUCUGGGCUCUUCCCGCAACCAGCUGGGUGUCCCGGCCGCCUCCCGUAUGCGUCUGUCCUCCCCAGCGAACGCUGAGAUUGAGCGGAGCGACUCUGUGGACAAUGGGACGUUAAAGAGAAGGUCCCUCAGACGUAGCAACAGCAUCUGUAAGUCUCCGGACUCUGCGUCUCCGAAAGAACCCCUGGUUCUGACCCGGGAUAUUGGGCGCUCCGAAUCCCUCCGCUCUCCUUCCAGCUGCUCGCAUCGUAUUUUCCGUCCUUGCGACCUCAUUCAUGGAGAAAUCCUCGGAAAAGGCUUCUUUGGACAGGCCAUCAAGGUGACCCAUAAAGCCACAGGGGAGGUGAUGGUCAUGAAAGAGCUUAUCCGCUGUGAUGAAGAGACGCAGAAAACAUUCCUGAAGGAGGUAAAAGUGAUGAGAAGUCUCGAUCAUCCACACGUUCUAAGGUUCAUCGGGGUCCUGUACAAAGACAAGCGACUCAAUCUGAUAACAGAGUUCAUCGAGGGCGGAACGCUGAAGGAUUUUAUUAGAGACACGGACCCAUUCCCAUGGGAACAGCGAGUUAGUUUCGCAAAGAGCAUUGCGUCUGGAAUGGCAUAUCUGCAUUCAAUGAGCAUCAUCCACCGAGAUCUCAACUCUCACAACUGCCUGAUCAAACUGGACAAAACAGUCGUGGUGGCAGAUUUUGGUCUGUCUCGUCUAAUCGUGGAAGAUAAGGUCAAACCGACCCCUGACAAACCAACCAAUAAGAAGAGGCUGUUUAGACGUUUGGACCGCAAGAAACGCUACACAGUGGUGGGGAAUCCUUAUUGGAUGGCGCCAGAGAUGCUCAAUGGUAAACGCUAUGAUGAGAAGGUGGACAUUUUCUCCUUUGGCAUUGUUCUCUGUGAGAUUAUUGGCCAGGUUUACGCAGAUCCUGAAUGUCUUCCAAGAACGAUGGAUUUCGGCCUCAGUGUGCCAAAAUUCAUGGAGAAAUUCCUUCCUGAGGACUGUCCUCCUGCUUUCUUCCCAUUGGCUGUGGCUUGCUGUGACCUCACCCCUGACAACCGGCCUGCUUUUCAAAAGUUGGAGGACUGUUUUGAGGCCUUAACUCUGAAUCAAGAGUUGGGGAUUCAUCUACCUGCUGAACUGGAUGAACUUCAACAAAACCUCUUAAGGACUUACGGACCAAGUGGCAUUGCUGCUUCUGAGAGCCAGGACGGCAACAAGACCUGAGCAACGGAGGCAAAGACACAUAGGGCUGGAUCUUUUUGUUGAGUUUACGGAACUGAAGCAUAUGAAAUGGACUUGCAUACAGGGAACAUGCGCUCAGCAUGUCUUGAAAAUAUUUAUCACGGCAUUCAGAUAUCUGAGGGCAUUUUUAACUGCGAAGUUGCGGGAUUCUGUUGAGGGAACAGGUACAUUUCAGUAACCCUGCGCUUUAUUUUGAGCAAAUUACGCUUUUUGCUUCUCUUUCGUAACAGUCUUAUUUGGUUUGUUUAGUUUAACCAUUUGGUCCUGAGUGCCUAACACGAGCUGAGUUUGCUCACGUUACGCAAAAAGAACAGUUUUGCAGUAAGUUUCAUGAAAUAAAGUUUAAAUGGGGUAUAUCAAAACCCUUAUUGAAUGAAAUAAGUGAUCGUUGCAGAUUUGUAGUGUAGCAGUAAUUGCAUUCGUGAAGUAUUUUGAUUUUGCAAGUUUAUAAAAUUAAUUUAGAAGGUUCUCAUGAUUUAAGUUAUUGAAAAGACCAGAGACUUUAGUCUGCCCUCUGGGGGUUGUUGUGCUUAUGUGCUUUCCUCAAUUCUGUACAUCAGCACUUGAGGUCACGACCUCUGUAACUGUAUAAUCCAAAGCCAGAGAGUGAAGUAACGGUUAUGAAAAAAGCAAGUUUUUGAUUUCUUAUUUGGUUUUGUACAGUGGUUUAUCUGAAAUGCGUUAUUGUAGCUAACACUUGGUACAGCAACUGUUAUAAAAACGAGUUGAUCAUUCUUUGACUCGCCUGACGUGGCACAGCAAGGGUUAUUAUUUUCAACUGAAUCUAAACCAAGCGAAAUGACGAGUGAGAUCGUGAUGCUGGAUUUUGACUGGCCGUUUCCAUGUGCUUUAGGCCCGAAGCAGGUCGCAAUAAAACAUCUGCAGUCGCAGUUGAACGAGUGAUGUGAGGAUGCUUGUAAAGAUGUAACUUAAUCCUCACUUUGAUCACAAAUGUUUAAAUUAAAACUGCAUAUAUUGUUCUUGUUUGUAUAAAUCUGAAGUUAGCUGAUUUUGGGAUAAUGUGUUUUUUGUAGGCGUUGGUUGAAUGUGAAUGUGUACGUUUUUUUUUGUCUAGAUUUAGCUGUCAAAGGUACUGACAUAUUGACAAUUUAUAACCACUACAUAUACCCUGCAGAAUUUCUUACACUAUUGUUGUGUUUUUGUGAAUAAACUAGUUUUAA